UGAAAAUAAGGUUCAUUUCAAUAAACUAACGUUAAUUAACAUACAAUUUGCUAAAAAUAACCACAAUUAAGACGAAUGGCACAAAAGCCAAUUGAAGAGAUCCUUUUAGAGCCCUAUCAUUAUUUGAAGGCAUCCAAUGGGAAGCAAAUUAGAUCCAAACUAUUGCAAGCGUUCAAUCAUUGGCUGCAAAUACCGUCGGAUGAGCUGUCGAUUGUGUCUGAAAUCGUGGAAAUGUUACACAACGCCAGCCUUUUGAUUGACGACAUCGAAGACGGAUCCACUCUUCGCAGAGGACGUCCGGUCGCCCAUCAGGUCUAUGGCAUCCCAACGACCAUCAAUUCAGCCAAUUAUCUAUAUUUUGUUGCCCUCCAGAAGAUAAUCAACGCUUUUCCGUCACAUUUGUUGCCAAAAGCUAUGAAUUUAUUCAGCGAUAAAAUCCUGGAAGUCCAUAGAGGACAGGGAAUGGACAUCUAUUGGAGGGAUUCAUACAUAUGCCCGACUGAAGAGCAAUAUCACGAAAUGGUUAAACAAAAAUCCGGUGCUCUCUUCGCUCUGGGCUUCAGUUUAAUGCAAUUGUUUAGCGAUAAUAAGCGAGACUUCGAGCCAUUUCUCAAUCAUUUUGGAGCAUAUUUUCAAAUACGAGACGAUUUGGCGAAUCUUAAGUCUAAUGAGUACACCGAAAAUAAGACGUUUGCCGAGGAUUUAACUGAAGGAAAGUUUUCCUACCCUAUAGUCCACGCCAUACAAAACUAUCCACACGAUAGCUCUCUCAUCAAUAUUCUGCGCCAAAGAACCAAAAACAUUGAGCUCAAGAAGUUUGCGGUGAAUAAGUUGGAGGAAUUGGGAUCUAUUGACUACACAUACGAAGCUUUGAGACAUUUUAAACGGGAAAUAAUGAAUGAUCUUCAGGUGAUUGGAGGCAAUCCAUAUAUUGACCAGAUAUUAGCCUUUCUUUCAUUUGAUUUCAAUUAAAAGUCACAUUUUGUUAAUAUGUUUUGAUUACUAC